AUGGAUAGAUCCAGGAAAGAUAGAUCCAGGACAGAUAGAUCCAGUAUGAAUAGAUCCGGGAUGGAAAGAUCCAUGAUGGAUAGAAAUAGGACGGAUAAAUCCAGGAUGAAAAGAUCCAGGACAGAUAGAUCUAGGAUGACUGUAUCCAUGAUGGAUAGAUCUAGGAUGGAUAGAUCCAGGACGGAUAGAUCCAGGACAGAUAGAUCCAGGACAGAUAGAUCCAGGACAGAUAGAUUCAGAACGGAUAUAUCCAGGACGAAUCAACCCAGGAAGGAAAGAUUUAUAGGACGGGUUCAGAUAGCGGAGACCUCCUUAGAAGUUCCUACGGAGAAACCAAAGGAUUCUCCGGCUCCGGAGUCUGGUUCCGUCCUAUCCGAGUCUAGCCCUGUCCUGUCGGAGCAGGAUUCUAACUCUCAGGACAGCUCCAAGUGUAUAGUGUGUAAGAAGAACAACCCUACGAAGCGAUGCACUAAACGUCACCCUAAGUGUAUGAAGAAGAUGUACUGCAAUGAGACCUGCGAGUCGUUGGACCACAAGAAGAAGGAGGAGGGGGGCGCUGUUGUCAAGGUUGGCCAGAAGAAGGUCGAGAUAAAGAAGAAGAAACCUAAAGGAAAAACCCCAAAGCCUGGCAGUGGUGAGUUUUGGUGGAAUAGCAGCUAAGAAACCUUCUUAUUUCACUUAUUUCAUAAUUGGAUAUUUUUCUUUUUUAAUUUUUGAUGUUUUCAUGUUAUAUUAAUAUGAUAUUU